UUGCGCGCCGCCGCCGCCGCCGCCGCCGCGCGACCCCUCGCCGCCCCGCUGGGCGUCGGUCUCCGGCGAUCGCCGCCGUCCAGCCCCCUCCUCCCCCGCCUCCGAUCUGAAUUUUAGGGGAAAAAUCGCGGAAAAUACCGCAAAAAAUCGCGGAAACUCGUCCGGUCCUUUUUGAAUAAAUCGCACGGGUGUUUCACCCCUCCCCUCCCUCCCACCCACCGCCUCCCCCUCGCGGCCGCCGGCGACGGCGAUCGCGUCGGUCAAUAAGCGCCCCCCCACCCCCCCGCGGAGCCAGCCCCGUCUUCUCGCGGUCCGAGCUCUCGCCUCUGUCGCGGGAAGCGGGCGCGUGCCCUUCUCCUCCUCCUAUUCCUCUCGUCGGCCGCGGCACGAGGGAGUGAUAGACUGCUGAGACUGUGAGAGGUUUCCCAUGUGAUGUCAUAACUUGUGAUGGCAUUCUUCAGCAACUCUGGUAGCAGGGCUGAUUCAGGAGGGUACAACUUGAAUGAGAAGGCUGAGGAUGAGGGCACCUACAAGUCAGUCAGGGAUGGGGAUGCUGACUUGAGCUCUAGGCAGUGGAACUUAAACGAGAAGGCAGAGGAUGCCUGCCACAGUGAGGGGGAGCAAUAUGAAGCUGGUCAGUCAGGUCUGUACUCUUCCAAGAGCACAUCUGGGCCGCAUGCCCGAAGAGGAGGUGGGUCGUCUGGUGGGCCUUGGGGUACAAACUUUUUGAAUGAUUCCAGAUCCAAACAGAUGGCAAAAGAAGUACUGUUAGAUAGUGAUAGGGGAAUGGAAGAUGGGUCUGCUGCUAGUUCUCAUGAUGACAUAGAUGGUAGUGGAGAGGGCGAUGAGAUGAACAGAGAGAAUGGGGAAGUGCCUGCUGAGGAAAUGCUUUCCGAUGACUAUUAUGAUCAGGAUGGUGAGGAGCAGAGUGAAUCGUUGCAUCGUGGUGGGAUGAAGCACCCAAGCUGUUCCACUUCUGGUGCAGCGGCGAAGUCUGCCUCCAGACAAAAGAAGAAGCCGACAAAGUACAACACAUAUGCUGAUGAUGACGACGAUGAGUAUAAUGAUGAGAAUGAUGAUGACGAUGAUGACGCGGAUGAAGAUGAUCCAGAUGAUGUGGAUUUUGAGCCAGACAGUGAAACUGACAAGCCUGUUGAUAAGGACAAGUUUGUGGAUAGUGGGAAUUCCGAUGAUGAUGACGACGAUGAGCUUGAGCUCUCAGAUAAUGAAGAUGAUUUUGUUGAGAAUCGGAGGCAACCUAAACGACUUAAGGUUGGAGUAACUAAAACCUCCAAGGGAAGAAAGUUGCCUGUACAGGCCCAACGGAAACGAGGGAUGUCUUUCACAGAUGAUGAAUAUUCUUCAGGAAAAGACUCAGAUGUGCCCAGUGAUGAUGAAUUCAGUCACAUAUCGAAAAAACCUGACAAAUUGCAUCAGAGAACCAUCGGUCACAAUGAUGUUAUCCCAAUCAAUUCUCAAAAUGAGCUUCGAACUUCUGGGAGGAGGAGGACGGUGAAAAAAAUCUCAUAUGUUGAAAGUGAAGAAAGUGAUGAUAGUGAGGAAAAGUCAAAUAAACAACAAAAGUUCUUGAAGGAGGAACCAGAAGAGGAAGACGGAGAAACUAUUGAAAAGGUUCUUUGGCAUCAACCAAAGGGUGUUUCUGAAGAGGCAAUGAGGAAUGACCAAUCAACUCAGCCUACUGUGGCCAGCCUAACAUCAGACUUUGAUCAACAGUGGGAUGAUGUAGAAUUCUAUAUAAAAUGGAAAGGCCAGUCUUAUCUACAUUGUCAGUGGAAGACAUUAUCAGAGCUCCAAAGUGUUAGUGGAUUUAAAAAGGUUUUAAAUUACACAAAAAGAGUUGCUGAGGAACAGAGGUACAAGAGGGCACUAUCACGUGAAGAGGUUGAGGUGCAUGAUGUGGGCAAGGAAAUGGAGCUGGAUCUUAUUAAGCAAUAUAGUCAGGUUGAACGGAUAUUUGCUGAUAGGGUCAGCAAAGUUGAUGGAGAUGAUCUGAUUCCAGAAUAUUUAGUCAAAUGGCAAGGACUUCCGUAUGCAGAAUCUACCUGGGAAAAAGAUACAGAUAUUGAAUUUGCUCAAGAUACAAUAGAUGAAUACAAGGCCCGUGAAGCUGCUACAGCUAUACUGGGGAAAACAGUUGAUUUUCAACGGAAGAAAAGCAAAGCUAGUUUGAGGAGGCUUGAUGCCCAACCAGAGUGGCUAAAAGGUGGUAAACUUCGUGAUUAUCAGCUUGAAGGACUCAACUUUCUUGUCAAUGGGUGGAGAAAUGACACUAAUGUUAUACUUGCUGAUGAGAUGGGUCUGGGAAAAACUAUUCAAUCCGUUUCCAUGCUUGGCUUCCUUCAUAAUGCUCAAGAAAUCAAUGGUCCUUUUCUUGUUGUUGUGCCACUGUCAACAUUGUCGAAUUGGGCAAAGGAGUUUCGGAAGUGGCUACCCAACAUGAAUGUUGUGAUUUAUGUGGGAAACCGUGCCAGCCGAGAGAUGUGUCAGCAGUAUGAAAUUUUUUCAAACAAGAAGGGAGGACGUCAUGUAAAAUUCCACACAUUGAUAACUACAUAUGAGGUGAUUCUGAAGGACAAAGCUGUUCUUUCCAAGAUCAAAUGGAACUAUCUUAUGGUUGAUGAAGCCCACCGGUUGAAAAACUGUGAAGCAUCACUGUAUAUGACUCUUUUGGAAUUCAGCACUAAGAAUAAGCUGCUUAUAACUGGAACACCUUUGCAGAACAGUGUUGAGGAGCUUUGGGCAUUACUUCAUUUCCUUGAUCCAGUUAAAUUCAACAACAAGGAUAGUUUUGUUGAGAAAUACAAAAAUUUGAGUUCCUUCAACGAAAGUGAGCUUGCGAAUCUGCACAAGGAAUUGAGGCCUCAUAUACUGAGGCGAGUUAUAAAAGAUGUCGAGAAGUCUUUACCUCCUAAAAUUGAGCGGAUUCUACGCGUUGAGAUGUCACCCCUUCAGAAACAAUACUAUAAGUGGAUUUUAGAGCGAAAUUUUCAGAAUCUGAAUAAAGGAGUUCGUGGGAAUCAGGUCUCACUUUUGAACAUUGUUGUUGAAUUGAAAAAAUGCUGCAACCAUCCAUUCUUGUUUGAAAGUGCCGAUCAUGGUUAUGGUGGAGAUAGCAUUGGUGAUCGAAAUAAAGUUGAACGCAUCAUUAUGAGUAGCGGGAAACUUGUUUUGUUGGACAAACUGUUGGUGAGACUGCGGGAGACUAACCAUCGUGUGCUUAUUUUCUCCCAGAUGGUUAGGAUGUUGGACAUCCUCGCAGAAUACCUAUCUCUUCGAGGAUUCCAGUUUCAGAGGCUUGAUGGUAGUACAAGAGCAGAUCUUCGUCACCAGGCUAUGGAACAUUUUAAUGCGCCUGGAAGUGAUGACUUUUGUUUUCUUUUAUCCACGCGUGCCGGAGGACUUGGUAUUAAUCUUGCAACUGCAGAUACUGUGAUAAUUUUUGAUUCAGAUUGGAAUCCUCAAAAUGAUCUGCAGGCGAUGAGUAGGGCGCAUAGGAUUGGCCAACAAGAGACUGUUAACAUCUAUCGUUUCGUCAUGUGCAAAAGUGUUGAAGAGGAUAUUUUGGAACGCGCAAAGAAAAAGAUGGUUCUUGAUCACUUAGUUAUUCAGAAGCUAAAUGCUGAGGGCAGGCUUGAGAAGAAAGAAUCCAAAAAGGGUGGCUCCAUGUUUGACAAGAAUGAACUUUCGGCCAUAUUGAGGUUUGGGGCAGAGGAGUUGUUCAAAGAAGAUAAGACUGAUGAAGAGACCAAGAGGAACCUUGAAAGUUUAGACAUUGAUGAAAUUCUUGAGAGAGCUGAGAAAGUUGAAACAAAAGGCGAUGAAGGGGAGGCAGGAAAUGAGCUUCUUAGCGCUUUCAAGGUUGCCAACUUUUCCAGUGGCGAAGAUGAUGCCACAUUCUGGAGUAGACUAAUACAGCCAGAUCCUGCAGAUAUGGUUCAGGAAACUUUGGCACCUCGUGCUGCACGAAGUAACAAGAGUUAUGUUGAAGAUCCCCAACUCAACAAAAGUAGCAACAGGAAAAGAAGGGCAGUUGAGACACAAGAAAAACCAAGGAGGAGGUCUGCCAGAACAGUGGACACAGUUGUUUCAUUACCGUUUGUUGAUGGAGCAGUAGCUCAAGUACGAGAGUGGUCUUUUGGAAAUAUGCCAAAGAAGGACGCAGCCCGUUUUGUUCGAGCGGUUAAAAAAUUUGGGAAUCCAAGCCAGAUUGGAUUAAUUGUGGGUGAUGUUGGUGGUGUACUAGCAAAGGCACCACCUGAAGCUCAAAUAGAGUUGUUUGAUUUGCUCAUUGAUGGAUGUCAAGAAGCAGUUAAAGAGAAAACAGAUAUCAAGGGCACAGUUUUGGAUUUUUUUGGUGUAGCAGUAAAAGCCUAUGAAUUGUUGGCUCGUGUUGAAGAGCUUCAGUUCUUGGCAAAGCGCAUUGCACGUUACAAAGAUCCAAUCAGGCAAUACCGGAUCCAAUUACCUUACAAAAAGCCACAGUGGUCAGCAAGCUGUGGAUGGACUGAAACUGAUGAUGCUAGGUUGAUGGUUGGAAUUCAUUGGUAUGGCUACGGAAACUGGGAGAAGAUACGGUUGGAUCCAAAGCUUGGCCUGACAACAAAAAUUGCACCAGCAACACUUGGUGAAAGAGAGACAUUUUUACCACGUGCACCAAACUUGGAUAAUCGUGCUAGUGCUCUCCUGCAAAAGGAAUAUGCUAAGUUUAGUGGUAAGAGCUCAACUGCCAAAGGAGCUCCUCGCCAGACAGUCCAUAAUGACAGCAAUAGUGGAGCUCGAUCAUUGAGAGGCCGACAAAAAGAUGCAAAAGGAAAAGAUGAUAAUAAGUCAAGCAAAGAUGACAUCCCAAAGCGCAAGAUAGUGGAAGCUGAAGCAAGAGAAGAAGGUGAAAUUUCAGAAUCCGAGGCAGAAACUAAAUAUCGUCUGGACAAGGAAGAAAAGUGGCUUGAAUGGUGUUCUGAAGUUUUGGAUGAGGAGCAGGAAACUUUGAAGCGCCUGGAUAGGCUACAGAAUACUAGUGUAAACUUACCAAAGGAAAAGGUUCUUUCAAGAAUUCGCAAGUACCUCCAGAUAAUUGGGGAUAAAAUUGGAGAGGUUGUCCGUCAACACAGCGAAUCUUACAAGCAAUCCCGCAUGACAAUGAGGUUAUGGAAUUAUGUGGCAACCUUUUCAAAUAUGUCUGGGGAGCAGCUGCAUGAUCUCUAUUUAAAGCUUAGUCAAGACCAAUUGGAAGCUGGAGUUGGCCCAUCCCAUGGUGGUAAUUUUGCAUCCGUUCCUCCCAAUAAGGGAGGUAACUCAAAUCAGCUUCAUCCUUCGAGAAACCAAAGGUCAACUAGGUCUCUCCAGUACGCUUCAGUGUCUUUGAACAAUAAUGAGAACUCUGGGAGUUCUGAAGCCUGGAAGCGUCGGAGGAGAGCUGACCCAGAUAGUCAAUUUGACACCCAGCCUUCGUAUCAACCUCCUCCAAUGAUGACAAAUGGAAAUAGGUUGCAGGAGUCUAGCAGUUCUGCUGGUAUCCUUGGUUGGGGUCCGGUUGAAAUGAGACGGUAUGGUAAUGAAAGGCCAAAACGGGGUGUUCAUGCCAGUCAUUUCCCUGCUGGGCACGGGCCUCUGCUGUAACUGAAGUAGUCCAAGUGAACAACCUUGUCAUUUGGGCAGAAAUGUUUCCCAAGGAUCUUCAGCUUCCACAGGUAGAAAUGGUGGAACUCCGGAAUUGAAAUUCUUUUUGCACAACAUAAAAAAAGAAUAAAGGACCAAAUCUGAUCUGGAUCACAGCUUCGAAUUCUGAGCCUCAUAGAAAUGAUGCCAGGCUUCCGGAGGAGACGCUGGUACUUUUAACAGUUGUACACAGAAGAUUCUUCUGACACCAAAACAAAUAUAUGGGGGCUUGUGAACUGCCUAGAGGAAGACUUGAGAAAAUUUUGUUGGUUCAGUUUUGUGAUCUAAUAGAAGAAUAUUUCAGUUGGGAUCUUUAAGAAGAUAUCAUCUCAACAAUGAUCUAUAGUUCAAUCUCAAUACAUGUAUGAUCUUUUACAUUGCAAUAUAAUGAAUUAUGGUUCAUCUCUCUCAUGCGCGUUCUCUCUCUCUCCAAUCUGUUUAUCUGUUAUGUUCUGUGUCCAUGUAACAAAGAAAAGAAAUGCAUGCUGCUCUCAUUUCGAGGCAACAAAUGUUGCAGCGGGCAUAUAGGAUAGGGUUUAGGUGUAGUUUGAUCCUAUUUCUGUAAAUAGAGAGGUGAAACAUAUCUUUGUUCUUUCAAUGUAACUGCUGGAUACUUGUACUGCUUC